AUGGAGAGCGAUUCGGAGAUGGUGGCGUUUCCUUUGCUGUUGACGCCGAUCGAAUCCAAUUACAGGGCAUGCACCAUUCCCUACAGGUUCCCUUCUGACAAUCCCCGAAAGGCCACUCCUACUGAGCUCCAGUGGAUCGACCUCUUCCUCAAUUCCAUCCCUUCUUUCAAGAAACGGGCUGAAGCAGAUGACACAGUGUCCGAUUCUGCUACCAGAGCUGAAAAGUUUGCUCAAAGGUACUCUGAGAUACUCGAGGACUUCAAGAAAGAUCCAGAAAGCCAUGGUGGCCCUCCCGACUGCAUUCUUCUCUGUAGAUUGCGGGAACAAAUCCUUAGAGAAUUGGGGUUUAGGGACAUAUUCAAGAAGGUCAAGGAUGAAGAGAAUGCUAAGGCCAUAUCUCUGUUCAAAGAGGUGAUCCGUCUUAAUGAUUCCUUUGAAGAAGGACCAAAGCGGCUGGAGAAUCUGGCUCGGGGAAUUUUUGCAGGGAACAUAUUUGACCUCGGUUCUGCACAGCUUGCUGAGGUGUUUUCAAGGGAUGGAAUGUCCUUCUUAGCUAGUUGUCAAAAUCUUGUCCCUCGACCAUGGGUUGUUGAUGACUUAGACUCAUUUAAAGUUAGAUGGAGCAAGAAAUCAUGGAAGAAGGCUAUCAUCUUUGUCGAUAAUUCAGGUGCAGAUAUAAUCCUAGGUAUUUUGCCUUUUGCAAGAGAACUACUUCGACGUGGAACUCAGGUUGUAUUGGCUGCCAAUGACUUGCCGUCAAUCAAUGAUGUCACAUACCAUGAGCUUAUUGAGAUUAUAUCAAAGUUGAAGGAUGAUAAGGGGAUGCUCGAGGGCGUGGAUACCUCAAAUCUUCUGAUUGCCAAUUCUGGCAAUGAUUUACCAGUUAUUGAUUUGGCAAGUGUGUCCCAAGAGCUAGCAUAUUUGGCGAGUGAUGCAGAUCUUGUUGUCUUGGAAGGCAUGGGUCGUGGUAUAGAGACCAACCUUUAUGCUCAGUUCAAGUGCGAUUCUGUCAAGAUCGGGAUGGUGAAACACCCAGAGGUUGCUCAGUUUCUAGGAGGACGACUUUACGAUUGCGUUUUCAAGUACAAUGAGGUCUCAAGUCAGUAG